AUGUCUUCUGGAACGGUAGCGGGGAUUCAGGGGCAACCUUUGGAGGUGACGGUUGUUUCUUGCGCGAAAUUGAAGGACACUGAAUGGAUUUCAAGACAAGAUCCCUACGUUUGUCUUGAAUACGCUUCCACCAAGUUCCGGACAAGAACCUGCACAGACGGUGGAAAACAUCCGGUGUUUCAAGAGAAGUUCGUUGUGCCGCUGAUCGAAGGUCUUCGCGAGCUCACUGUUGUCGUUUGGAACAGCAAUACCCUCACAUUCGAUGGUUUUAUAGGCACGGGAAAGGUUCAAUUGAACAAGGUUUUGUCUCAAGGUUUUGAUGAUUCUUCUUGGCCGCUUCAAACCAAAUCUGGCAGGCACGCAGGUGAAAUCAAACUUAUAUUGCAUUAUGCUAAUGCCAAACUAAAUCAACAGAAACUAGAUUCUUCCUCAACCCAUGUGGCAACAACACCCACAGCUCCUUCCUACUACCCACAACAACCAUCAUACUCUAAUUAUCACCAUCCAACACCUGCUUUUGCUUAUCCUACUCCUCCUCCUCCUGCUUCACAUCAUUCAUCUCCCUAUCCACCACCCUCAUCAUCACCAUACCCCCCUCCUCCACACUCUGCCUAUCCACCACCCUCAUCAUCACCAUACCCCCCUCCUUCACACUCUGCUUAUCCACCACCCUCAUCAUCACCAUACCCCCCUCCACACUCAGCUUAUCCACCACCCUCAUCAUCAUCACCAUACCCUCCUCCACGCUCUUAUCCACCACCUUCAUACCCUCCACCUGCGGCUUAUCCUCCAAACGCUGGAAUGUACCCUCCACCUCCAUACUGA